GGUCAUCAUUACUGCAUUAAAAUAUAAAAAGAAAAUGAAUUUUUAUUUUAUUUUAUAAAAAUGUAUACAAUAUCCACUUGUUUACUUGUUUUAAUAACUUUUAACGACAUUAUAACAUCAAAUGCUCAGGAUGAUCGUGAUCACUCAGAACCGGUUAUUUUUAUCCAAUUCUCACAAACAAAUCGCAUGGACAUUACACCCAACACAUUGCAUAACCUCAAUCGUAGUCUUCCCACUGUUUUCCUCAUUCAUGGAUGGCACACAAGCGUUAGCAUCGACAUUUAUUUAUUAAACAUCACCACAGCUUACCGGGACCUAAACGAUCGCAAUGUAAUAUUUGUAGAUUGGAGUAACACAGCGCAAAAUAGUUAUAUUGAUGUGGUGUUCAAUGGAAUAUCAAGAGUUGGUAACAAAGUCGGCGAGAUGAUAAUGUUACUGCAUGAUACACUUGAAAUAGAUGUAAAAACAGUUCAUAUUGUUGCUGUGACAUUAGGUGCACAUAUUGCUGGUUAUGCAGGAUGUUAUGUGCAAGAACACCAUCCGGAAAACGCCGCCAUAGGUAGAAUUACAGGUUUAGAAGCGGCUGGAGCGUUAUUUGAGAGUUAUUUCGGUGUUCAAAACGUCCUUUCUUUACGGCGAAGUGAUGCUGAUGUUGUUGAUGUAACACAUACAAAUAGUAUCUUUUGGGGAUCAAAUCAAAAUGUCGGCAGUGUAGAUUUCUAUGUGAAUGGUGGUGAAACGCAAAGAUUUUGCGGAGAAUCCACUGCGUUUGAUUUAAUCAGUCCUAGUUUAGUUAAUACGUGCAGUCAUGCGUUCGCAAUCAUUCUAUAUCGCUUGACAAUUGACAAUCGCGCUUAUAAAGCAAGCAAUAAUCCCGAAAACUGUAAAAAUUUGAUUGUUUACGGCGAUAACUUGGAUUUAAAUGCAACUGGAAUUUACUACAUCAACACCGAAGAUGACUGGCCUUAUAAGACACUAUGUUAAAUUUAAAU